CAUGGCCAGAUUGUCAUUAAUUUGUUCAACAAACAUUUACUUUAGCACUUGUGUGCUUCGUAUGUGUUAGGUCUCCUAGGAGUUACCAGAGGAUUCUGCAACACAGUGUUUCUGCAAGGCGUCUGCUCGUUAGAAUCAGGCCGGGAGUCUCUUAAUCCCAGGCCGCACCCCAGAUGAGUGCAGACCGGUUUGCAAAUCACUGCCCCAGGGAGAUGAUAAUAGAGUUUUAGCAACACACCCAGAAACUUAAAUAACAAUAUAAGAGCAAUAGGGUGACCUCACGGCGCAGGUAGGGGAUUCUCAACUCAAUCAGAGGGGUGAGGACUGCUUCCUAGAGAGGAGGAGCGCCCUUGUGGGUUAGAUGGUGGGACACCUCGCCAACGCCUGCGGAGACGGCUGGGUUUACAGGUUGGCGGGAGAAGAGAGGAGGGUGCUCUCUCUAACUCUGAAUUCAGGCAGGUCUGCAAAUGACCUUGGAUCACUGUUUGGGGAUCGUUGGUGGAAUGGGCCAUAAUAGCAAGAACUUAACUUUUCAUUAAGUGGAUGAAGGCUUUUCUAACGUAAGUCAAACCACUGGUUAUCUGCCAGCAUCUUUCUCGUGUGUAUGGGGGCUGAGAGCCGUGAGGUGAAGGAAAUCCGUCGGGAUAGAAAUGCUCAGCUUCACUUCCUGAUUCUCUUGCUCUUAAAAUUGCACCCUGCCCUCUUCACGGUCGCAGCAAAUAUCCCUGCAUGUGCAUAUCAACACACAAAUGAGCCAUUUUAUGUGCGCAGUCCCAUACCCCAGGGUCUUGUGGAGCCGUGAGCUAUUGCUGUGCUGAGGGUGGAUGAAGAUACUUGACCUUGGCCUCUCCUGGCUGCUCGAGGCGCUUACAGACCCAAGGCCGCAACGGCGAAUGGUUUUGCUGCUAAUCGCCAACCUGUCGGACCACGUGGCCCUCAUUUGUGUGCCAUGCCGAGCUGAAUGCCAUCAUGAACAAAAACUCAGCCGAUGUGAAAGGCUGCACAAUGUAUGUCGCCUUGUUCCCGUGUAAUGAAUGUGCGAAGCUCAUCAUCCAGGCAGGUAUAAAAGAAGUUAUUUUCAUAUCUGAUAAAUACCAUGAUAGUGAUGAGAUGACGGCCGCGAGGCGCCUGUUUGAUAUGGCUGGGGUGGCCUUCAGGAAAUUCACACCAAAGUGCAGCACGAUUGUCAUUGACUUUGAUUCAAUUAACAGCAAACCGAGCCAGAAGCUUCAGUGAGUUACAUCUCAUUACAACUCCAAAAGAUUGGGAUUAUCCUCUUCUAAGAAGCUGCUAAUGCCUUUCAUCUUGAAGUUACACAUAACUUUUCAAUAGCCAGUCCAGCAAAAGUAGACAUCUAAAGAAUGUAGAGCCUCAAAUCUUCCCGACUGUCUCUCUUGUCACAUGGAAUGUGCAUCUGUUUAAACUACUGAUUUAGGGUUUAAAAUCAAGGAGCCUGUAGAUGGCCUGUCGCACGGGGCUGGCGUGUGUCCUGGUUUGCUGGGACGCUGGCAGCGUGAAACGGCUGCUCCUCGCUGCUAAGGUGCUGGAAGGACAAAUAAAUAAUUGUUGCUGUGCUCCUGGCAGGAUGAACAGAUGCACUGAUUUGAACAUCCGGCCCAAGUGAAGCAUAACAUGUAGUGCCCUUGGGGAAAAAAAAUAGGACCCCCAUGACAGGUGCAAAUGCAGACGUAUUGGCUUUAGGGCGUGGAGGGAAACCGCCACCGACCCACCCCAAAAUCCUAGACAGGAUGGCACAGCUUUCCUGAGGAAUGAUGAGCACCACUGAGCCCGGAGCACUUUCUCUCCUUCUGCUGUCCUGCUGCCUACAGGGGUGGUGGCACUUUCUGCUUCCGGAAGUGGGGACCCCCGUUGGUUUGUGCCCCACGUGGAGCUCUUACGUUACUUUAUCUGAAUAAUGAGUUGUUCCCGGCGGAGACAGCCUGUCUCCCCUCGUCGCCCCCAAGACCAUGGCUGCUGGGGCAGCAGGGUCGUGUGGAUGGCGGUGGCGCGUGCACCUGCCCCUUCUACCACGUGGAAGAGUCACUGCUCCUCCGCGUGCCCACACGGUGCAUGUCCAAGGCCGCUCAACCAGGGAGUCGAUUAAUUCCUACCCUGUAAGUGAGAUGUGAGAAGUUCAGCCUGCCUCGCGGUGGUUUAUUCCAGGUCUGUUGGUAACGGGAGCUCAUCUGUGCUCCUGGCGCCGUGUCUUCAGCAGCACAGAGCUCGCCUUCCCAGUCACUGCGGCUCGGGGAUGUGGCUCGAUGCGCCUCGUCUUUAAUCUCCCUUAAUUUUUAUUAAACGUGCUCAGUAGCUUUGUUGAGAAAGUGGGUUCUUUAUCCUAAAGAUUAUUACCGUUCUCAAGUGCUCUUAUGUUUUCAUGAGCUUUUAUUUUGUCUCUGAGGUUUUGUACUCCGUAUUCUAGGGCGUUUUGUAAUUUGGCUCCUUACCAAUCUUAUUAAAAUCUACCACACGGAAGUA